AAAAAAACACAGAACGCACAGCUAAAGCUAAGAUAGAAGUGUUCAGGGAGCGGUCGCCACCAGACAAAUUAUAAGAACGAAUUUGAAAUUUUAUAGCAGACAUUUUGGAGGGUCAACGGUGGAUGUGGUGAUUGGGAUUGGAAAAGGAUUUUUCCUCUGGAACCAGACAUAACAAUGGAGAUGGUGCAAACAAAAGUACAUCAUAAGAAAAGGCAAGUGGUGAUCUUCAUUAUAUUGAUUCUUUUGUGGGAGGCAGGUUCAGAAUCGAUUCAGUAUUCUAUACUGGAGGAGACAGAAAGUGGCACAUUUGUGGCCAACCUGACAAAGGACCUGGGACUCAGGAUGGGAGAGCUGGCUGCCCGGGCCGCCCGAGUUGUUUUUAAGGGGAAUAGGCAGUAUUUGCAGUUUGAUCCAGAGACCUAUGAUUUGCUGCUAAAUGAAAAACUGGACCGGGAGGAGCUUUGCGGCUCUACUGAGCCCUGUGUGCUACCCUUCCAAGUGUUACUGGAAAAUCCCUUGCAGUUUUUUCAGGCUGCCUUGCUAAUUAGAGAUAUAAAUGACCACGCCCCAGAGUUCCCCGCUAGAGAAAUGCUACUAAAAAUAUCAGAGAUUACUAUGCCAGGAAAGGUAUUUCCUUUGAAAAUGGCACAGGAUUUAGACGCUGGUAGCAACAGCCUUCAGAGCUACAAAAUCAGCUCCAAUCCUCACUUCCACGUUCUCACUCGGAACCGCAAGGACGGCAGGAAGUCCCCAGAGCUGGUACUGGACAAGGCGUUGGACCGUGAGGAGCAGCCCGAGCUCAGGCUAAUCCUCACAGCGCUGGAUGGCGGGUCUCCGCCCCGGUCUGGGACCACAAAAAUUCAGAUCGUGGUCUUGGACAGCAAUGACAACACCCCCGAGUUUGCUCAGGAGUUCUAUGAGGCCCAAGUCCCUGAAAAUAGCUCCCUGGGCUCUCUGGUUCUCACCGUCUCAGCGAGAGAUUUAGACGCAGGAUCCUUUGGGGAGGUAUCUUAUGCCCUAUUUCAAGUCGAUGAUGUUAACCAACCCUUCGAAAUAAAUGCAAAUACGGGAGAAAUUCGACUGAGAAAGACAUUGGAUUUUGAGGAAUUUCAAUCAUAUCAGGUGGAUGUUGAGGCCACAGAUGGUGGGGGACUAUCAGGAAAAUGCAGUUUAGUCAUCAAGGUCCUGGACGUGAAUGACAAUGCUCCCGAAUUGACUAUGUCGUCACUUACCAGCCCCAUCCCUGAAAACCUGCCAGAGAUCAUAGUGGCAGUUUUCAGUGUAUCAGAUGCAGAUUCUGGACAUAACCAACAGAUUACUUGUUCUAUAGAUGACAAUCUCCCCUUUCUUCUAAGACCAUCCGUUGAAAAUUUCUACACCUUGGUAACAGAAGGAGCGCUGGACAGAGAGAGCAGUGCCGAGUACAACAUCACCAUCACCGUCACAGAUAUGGGAACCCCCAGGCUGAAAACCGAGCACAACAUAACCGUGCUGGUGGCCGACGUCAACGACAACGCCCCCGCCUUCACCCAGACCUCCUACACCCUGACCGUCCGCGAGAACAACAGCCCCGCCCUGCACAUCGGCAGCGUCCGCGCCACAGACAGAGACGCGGGCGCCAACGCCCAGGUCACCUACUCGCUGCUGCCGCCCCUCGACCCGCACGUGCCCCUGGCUUCCCUGGUGUCCAUCAACCCGGACAACGGCCACCUGUUCGCCCUGAGGUCCCUGGACUACGAGGCCCUGCGGGCGUUCGAGUUCCGCGUGGGCGCCGCCGACCGCGGCUCGCCCGCGCUCAGCAGCCAGGCGCUGGUGCGCGUGCUCGUGGCGGACGACAACGACAACGCGCCCUUCGUGCUGUACCCGCUGCAGAACGCCUCGGCGCCCUGCACCGAGCUGGUGCCCAGGGCGGCCGAGGCGGGCUACCUGGUGACCAAGGUGGUGGCGGUGGACGGCGACUCGGGCCAGAACGCCUGGCUGUCAUACCAGCUGCUCAAGGCCACGGAGCCCGGGCUCUUCGGCGUGUGGGCGCACAACGGCGAGGUGCGCACGGCCCGGCUGCUCAGCGAGCGCGACGCGGCCAAGCACAGGCUGGUGGUGCUGGUCAAGGACAACGGCAAGCCGCCGCUCUCGGCCAGCGUCACGCUGCACGUGCUGCUGGUGGACGGCUUCUCGCAGCCCUACCUGCCGGCCCCGGAAGCGGAAGCGGCGGACGCGGCCCCGGCCGCCCCGCUCACCGUCUACCUGGUGGUCUCCUUGGCAUCAGUGUCGUCGCUCUUCCUCUUCUCGGUUCUGGUGUUCGUCGCGGUGCGGCUGUGCAGGAGGAGCAGGGCAGCCUCGGUGGGUCGCUGCUCGGUGCCCGAGGGCCCCUUUCCGGGCCACCUGGUGGACGUCAGCGGCACGGGGACCCUCUCCCAGAGCUACCAGUACGAAGUGUGUCUGACGGGAGGCCCUGGGGCCAGCGAGUUCAAGUUUCUGAAACCUAUUCACCGUAACUUCCCUCCCCAGGGCACUAGGAGGGAAAUGGAGGAAAACCCCACCUUUCGGAGUAGUUUCCUGUUCAGUUAAGUAUCGGAUUAUUCUAUUAAACCCUACUUAAUAAGUUGGAAAUCUCUUUUAAUUUAAACCUACAUGUUAUUAAUGCAUAUUAUUGACGGUCCGUUUUCCUGAUUAUUUUAUUACUGUUCCUUAGGGUGAAAUUUUUAAAAAUCAG